AUGGAUAGCAUGAGUGAGGCAUUUGAUCAAAUGCAAAUGGUCAAGAUGUUAGCCAACAGUGAUAAAGUUUCAGAGGUCCUACAAGAGUCUACUCAUCAGUUCAACCUGCUUACUUCACCCACUUCCUACCAAAGAGAAGCUAGGCAUUGCUGGAGCUUGCAGCGCCCUACUACUUCAAUCAUGUUUGGAGAUGCAACUUCUAAGUCUCCUCUUGGAGUGUUCAAGAACUAUCACUUGAAAAUUGGAGAAUGCAUCAUCCAAACUGAUCUCACUGUGAUGGAAAUGGAAGAAGAGAAGGAUCUACCUUUAUUGGGAACCCCUUUCCUUAGUACAGUUGGCGCUUCAAUAGACUUUCACAAGCAAGAAGUGAUCCUUCACAAGGUUGUGAAGGAAAGGUUGAAAAGGAACCAAGAGUUGGGAAGGAUAAGGAUGAGAGAGGACCAAGGAUUGAGAAGCCACGUCUUGAGAGGGCUAGAGUUGAGAAACCACGAUCUGAUAGGCCACGAGCUGAUAGGACUUGUUCAAGCCCCUUGUGUGCUUGAUGAAGAGAGCCUUCAAGCUUUGUUUGAUGAGCCACUAGGAAGGGCUCUAAAAGAAGGGGAGGAUGCAGCCUCUAAGGCAAGACCAGGGGAUAAAAGAAAGAUCCACCAGCUCAGGCCCCUUCAUUCAAGCCAUCUCAGCUCACAAUGA